AUAUGAUUAUAUGUCGUGUUGUCGUCGUCGGUGUACAUUUUGUUGUUCAUCAUCGUAACUCGUAAAAACAGCAUCCCGUUUAUAUUGUAUAAUUGUUGAUAUGAUGAUUAUAUGCUUAACAUGAUGAAUUCUAUGGAUGUGCAAUAUGAAAUUGAAAUGGAUGAAUUAUUCUCUCUCUCUCUCUCACUCUAUAGAGUGAAAUAAAUAAUCACAUUGCCGCUUGACUUUCGCGUUUUCUAAAACUUUCGUUUCGUUGUUUAUCCGUGUAGAAUGAAAAAUUUGAUUUAAAUGAAUAUCAUCGAUUGAUAAUGAUAAUUGAUUUGAUUCGAACAUGUGAUUUGUAAUGUUAUUUUCGAAUAUGUUUGCUUCGUUCAUCAUUCUGAUUAUUUAAUAAUUUCUGAAUAUCACACAUGUGAAUAUCAAAAUUUAUCAUCAAUUUCACAAGUUUGUUCAUCUUCGGUAAUCAUCAUCAUCGUCAUCGGUUCAACAGUGACAUCAUCAGCCAUCAAUAAGAGAAUUGAAUUUUGAAAUGCUGCAAAAAAACAUGGAACACUGAUAAAAACAUAUAUAUGAUUAAGAAAUAAAAUCAUGGCAUCAUCAAUAAUAGCAGCAGAUAGCAGUAGUAAAAAACAAUUAACCAUACAUAAAAUUCGUGAAAUACCAUUGGAAAUGAUCGAUAUUGAUAUCAAUUAUGAUGUUAUCCGAGAGAUUGGUUCAGGCGAUUAUGGCAAAGUUAUAUUGGCAUCACAUAAACGAUCACAUUGUGAGGUGGCAUUGAAAGCCGUACCAAAAGCAACGACAACAUUAAAAGAUUUUCUAUUGGAAUUCCAUUAUAGCUAUUUUCUAUCACCACAUCAUAACAUUCUUGAUACAUAUGAUGUUGCAUUCGAAACACAAGAUCAUUAUUAUUUUGCACAAGAGAUUGCACCAUUCGGUGAUCUACAACAGGCUGUAUUACGGACAAAUGGUGCUGGCCUUGAGGAGAAAAGUGUCAAAAUAGUUGUCGAACAAAUUGUGUCAGCAUUACAUUUCAUGCAUGAUAUGGAACUAGUUCAUCGUGAUGUUAGGACAGAAAAUGUACUGAUUUAUAAUCCAAAUCUGUCCAAGAUUAAGUUAACCGAUUUUGGUCUAACACGUCGUGUUGGUACAUUAGUGAAAAAGCGUGUCAAAUCAUUACCAUCGUGUCCACCAGAAGUAUGGCAAGCCGUCCUUCUUGAAGGUUAUAAUAUUGAAACCGGUAGCGAUGUAUGGCAAUUAGCAAUUAUGAUUUGCAUAAUGUUGACGACCAGAUUUCCCUGGGAAAAAGCCGAUAUAACCGAUGUUCGUUUCAGCGAAUUUGGUGAAUGGCAAAAACGAAAACUAACACGUACGCCACGUUAUUUCAAUGUGUUCACACCACGUGCUUUGCGAAUGUUUCGUCGUUUGAUGGAGAUUAAACCAUCGAAACGAUAUCCGGUAACAGAAGUAAGAAAAUAUCUAAAAAAUGACUGGAUCUCACGUACCGGUAAAGUGUUACGCUCAAACUCAUUCUAUGAUGGUCAAACAAGUUCAUCAAAUUCGUCACGUAGUUAUUCAUGUUCACAUCUAAUUCAUCCUAUUAAUCGUAUUCGUGAUAUGGAUAAUAAAUCCAAUGAUGAUUCUAGCUUGAAUUGAAACAGCGAAGACAACAACAACAACAGAUUCAACCUUUGACCUCAAUUGGAUUCGAUUCAUUUGUAAUCGAUAUAUUUUGACUGCUGCUACUUGAUGCUUAUUGACCCCACAAUCAAAUUCAUCGUAAUCAUUAAUCAUAAUUAUAUUUUUCACUCAACAAUCGUCAUCAUCGUUUAAUUUAUUAUUUUCAAAUGAAAAUAAAUUUUAUAUAUCUGGAAAAUAAACAGAAAAUAAAAAGAAAUAAUAUAUGUGUGCAAACAACCUGUGGAGAUUUGAUUUUUAAAAAAAUUUUGAUUUGAUUUUCACCAAAUCGGUUCAAGGAUGAUGAAACAUGAAAUGUUUUGAAAUUUGUCUUAUGUACUGUACAAAACGAUGAAAGGGUGUAGUGAUGAUGAUUGAUUAUCAGAAUAAAUAAUUGUAAUAAGUA